AUGGAACGACAUUAUGGGUCUUCUUCGCAUCCUCCGCAGUUCAACGGUGAAAACUAUGGAGAAUGGAAAGCUAGGAUGCAGGCCUAUAUCUGGGCACAAGGAGAUGAUGUUUGGGAUUUGGUUUUGGAAGGAUAUGUUGCACCUACCAAGACUGAGAGAACUAUUGAGAAACGGAAGAUUGAGACAAAAGAUGGUGUAGAAGAGAAAGAUGCUGUGGUUAGUGAAUUUCAAAUUCCCAAGCCUAAGAUAGAAUGGACUGCUGAAGAAAAGGCUAUGAGUGUUUAUAAUCAGAAGGGCAUAAAUGCCAUAUUUGCUGCUGUAUCUUCCGAACAGUUUGCACACAUCAUAAAUUGCAAGAUGUCAAAGGAAGCAUGGGAUAACCUUAUGAUUGUUCAUGAUGGGAAUAACAAGGUCAAAAAAUCGAAGCUGCAAAGACUUAUAUCACUUCAUCCCAAGAAGACUGCCAUAGAAGAGGCAAGAGAUAUAGAUACUUUAUCUCUUGAUGAUCUUAGUGGAGCCUUGCAAACCUAUGAGUCAGAGUUAUGUCCUGUAAAGAAGGCCAAUAAGAAUUUAGCAUUGAAUGUUACAAAAGAAGAAGAUGAUGAUUGUAAUGAGAUUGAUCCGAAGCAACUUGCCUUAAUCACUCGUCAUUUUCAAAAGCUACUGAAGAAGCAAAAUUCUAAAGAAAGUGGUUUAGGUACAAGAUCUUCUAUAAACAAGACUUCAAAAGAUAGGUCUCAAAGAUUCAUUCCCAAGUCUGAAGGAAGGAAGUGUUAUGCAUGUAGGGGCGGUCCUAUGCCUAGGGCAAGUGAGUCAGAUAUGUCUAAGGUUGAGGAGGAAGAGAUUGCUUUUGUUGCCCUUGAAAACAAUGAUGAAUCUGAUGAUUCAGAUGAGGAGGACGUAGAUAUUGAAGAAACCAGAGAAAGUGUUGCUUCUGAUAUUGCCUCUAAAAAUAUGAAUGCAACUGUUUUACAUGAUAAUGUUAUGACUAGUUUUGUGCCAAAAAGGUUUAAUCAAGUGUGUCAUGGUUGUGGAGAAACAGGUCAUAUUAGGCCAAGAUGUCAAAAUAGAGUUAAAAAGUUUGACAAGUUUACUGCAGAAAAUCUUCAAAAUCAAAUUUCAGAGUUAGCAAAAGAAGUUUGCAGAUUGUCAGCUUUAAUGCAAUCUGGAACAAUGAAGCAGAAAUGGAUAUGGAAGAAAAAGGAACAAGCUGGAUCAAGAAAAGAAAAUGUUCAAGAGAACUUACUAUGUUCCUUAGCUAUCACUUCUAACAUAGAUGAGACUAAUGUUGUUUGUAUGGUUGCAUUUACAGCUCUGAGUGCAUGUCUCAAAGACAAAUGGUACUUUGAUAGUGGUUGUUCUAGACACAUGACAGGUGACAAAAAUUGGUUUGAAUCUUUCGUCGAUAUGAAGGUAAGUGGGUCUGUAACCUUUGGUGACGAUAAGAAAGCUUGCAUUUUAGGUAAAGGUACUAUCAAGAUUGUUGGCUUACCUCCCUUAAAUGAUGUUAUACUUGUUGAUGGACUAACUACUAAUCUUUUGAGUAUUAGUCAGUUAUGUGAUGAGUUUGGAGAAGUUAAGUUCAACACCAAAAAUUGCAUAGUUAGUGAUUUAAGUGGCAAGCAAGUUAUAUGUGCACCAAGAUCAAAAGAGAAUUGUUAUUGCACUAGCACUGACAAUUCAAAUUUGUGUUUCAAGGCAGCAGAUGAUCAAGUGGAGUUUUGGCACAAAAGAUUAGGACAUGUGAAUUAUCGAGAUUUGCUCAAGUUGUCAAAGAAGUCUUACGUUCGUGGACUACCAUCACUAAGUGGAAAGCCUGAAGGAGUGUGUGGAGGAUGUCAAAUUGGGAAGCAAACUAGGACAGCUCACAGUGCAACUAAGUUCAUUGGAACCACCAGAAUUCUUGAGCUUAUGCAUAUGGAUCUGGUUGGUCCAAUGUCAACUCACAACAUUGGUGGUAAGAAAUACAUUCUUGUUUUAGUUUAUGAAUUUUCAAGGUAUGCUUGGGUAGACUUUCUUGCUGCUAAAUCCGAUGCAUUUGAUUCAUUUUCUAAAAUUUGUUUUAAGAUUCAAAAUGAGAAAAAUGAUAAAGUAGUUCGUCUUAGAACAGAUCAUGGGACUGAAUUUGAAAAUGCAUCUUUUCAUGAUUUUUGCAAUACUAAUGGAAUUGCUCAUGAGUUUAUGAGUUUUCUGCUCCAAUAA